UUCCGGGCGAGUCGGGCGGGGAGGUCUCUCGAGACCGCCGCCGGCCCCUCGGUGCUGGGGGGGGGGUGAGGUUCUCUCGGGGCGCCCGCCGGCCUCGCGACCCCGGCUGGGUCCCGCGGGGAGCGCCGAGGAGAGAGGAAGCGAGGGAGGGCCGCCCUCCCCUCAGAGUUUUUUUUUUUUUUAAUUUGUCCUGCUCCUUUCCCGGUUGCAAACCCCCCCCCCCCAAAAAAAAAUGCCCAAAAAGAAGCCGACGCCCAUCCAGCUGAACCCGGCCCCCGACGGCUCGGCGGUUAACGGGACCAGCUCGGCGGAGACCAACCUGGAGGCCUUGCAGAAGAAGCUGGAGGAGCUGGAGCUCGAUGAGCAGCAGCGGAAGCGCCUUGAGGCCUUUCUGACCCAGAAACAGAAAGUUGGAGAACUGAAGGAUGAUGACUUCGAGAAGAUCAGUGAGCUGGGUGCUGGCAACGGUGGUGUGGUGUUCAAGGUUUCCCACAAGCCAUCUGGCUUGGUCAUGGCCAGGAAGCUAAUUCACUUGGAGAUCAAACCUGCCAUUCGCAACCAGAUCAUCAGGGAGCUACAGGUUCUGCAUGAAUGCAACUCCCCAUAUAUCGUGGGCUUCUAUGGUGCGUUCUACAGCGAUGGCGAGAUCAGCAUCUGCAUGGAACACAUGGAUGGCGGUUCCUUGGAUCAAGUCCUGAAGAAAGCUGGAAGAAUUCCUGAACAGAUUUUAGGAAAAGUGAGCAUUGCUGUAAUAAAAGGCCUGACAUACCUUAGAGAGAAGCACAAGAUUAUGCACAGAGAUGUCAAGCCCUCUAACAUCCUGGUCAAUUCCCGUGGGGAGAUCAAGCUCUGUGACUUUGGGGUCAGUGGGCAGCUCAUUGACUCCAUGGCCAACUCCUUCGUGGGCACAAGGUCCUAUAUGUCGCCAGAGAGACUGCAGGGGACUCACUACUCCGUGCAGUCGGACAUCUGGAGCAUGGGACUGUCUCUGGUGGAAAUGGCUGUCGGGAGGUAUCCCAUCCCUCCUCCAGAUGCCAAGGAGCUGGAGCUGAUGUUUGGGUGCCAGGUGGAGGGAGACACAGAUGAGACCCCACCGAGGCCAAGGACCCCAGGGAGGCCCCUCAGCUCGUAUGGAAUGGACAGCCGACCUCCUAUGGCAAUAUUUGAGUUGUUGGACUACAUAGUCAAUGAGCCUCCUCCAAAACUGCCAAGUGGAGUAUUCAGUCUGGAAUUUCAAGAUUUUGUGAAUAAAUGUUUAAUAAAAAACCCUGCGGAGAGAGCAGAUUUGAAACAACUCAUGGUUCAUGCGUUCAUCAAGAGAUCGGAUGCUGAGGAGGUGGAUUUUGCUGGUUGGCUCUGCUCUACCAUUGGCCUCAACCAGCCCAGCACUCCAACACAUGCAGCUGGCAUCUAAGCCUUUGGGCAGCAGCGAAGAUCAAGUUCUCUGCCGGGUGGUGUGCCAUGUUGCUUCCAGGCCUAUCUCCCAUGCUUGUCACUGUUCAGACGUGUGCAUCUCACCUGUGACAAAGGAUGAAGAACACAGCAUGUGCCAAAAUUGUACUUGUGACAUUUUUGAAAUUACUGUCUUUGUUACUAUUGUUUUCCCUCUGUGGAUUGGCUUUGUGCGUGGGGCUCCUUGUGUGUAUGUGGGUGAUCCACACACACGCCAGGCUGAAGUCCAGUGAGACUGGUGACAUGAUCCUUGCUGACACUCGCACUGCUGGUCCUGCCCUGACACUUGGGCAGAUUCCCGGGAACAGGGUGGUACGACUUCUCUCAUUGAAGGAGUAGAGGAGCCUUGUGAGACCCCACAGGCAGUGCACGUGGCGCAUGCUUCGCUGCUAUGACAAAUGAGCAUCACACAGUGUCCCUCAUCUUAGUACAUUUGUUUCUGAUGUAGACUCGAGCCGCUUCAUCACAAGCUAGCCAGAGCCCUCCACUGCCAUGAAUAGCCAGGGCUUCACCAGUCUUGUCUACUGUGACUUGUAGACUUCUGGUUGUUUCUGUAUUUAUUUUUCAGUAGACUGUGUGGGGUACUUAGUGGUAUAUGUCUCUCUAAAUUUGGAUUAGUGUUUCCAAAAUGGUGAUAUUUUGAAUGUCACGUGGAUCAAGGCAUUAAAACGUGUCAGACUUGUAUCUCUGCCCCCAUCCAAGUACCGAUACUAUUGUAAACGGGUAUAGUGCCUAAAAUUGUAUGAAAAUCCUUUUAAUCAUUUAAUCCAGAUGUUUAACAAAUUUAAUCUCUUAUUCUAAUAAAUAUGCUAUCAACUUCA